UGUAAACUAACAUGGCGGACAAAACAGUUUUUAUUGCAGUUUAUGACAAUAAUCGUAAUAUCUAGCAUUCUAAAAUGGAUUUCCAUUAUGACACCUUUAUUGAGGAUGAAGCGGUUGAUGAAUGCGAUCAAAUCAGGGCAGUGACCAAGAAGUUGAAAUUAAAGCGUGUGAAUGUAGAGGAAAAGAAAGAGAUUUGGCUGAACACGGCUUCUGUGACCUUGGCAAAUUUAGACAAAGUGAAACCUAGUGUGUACAACUUUGGUUUGGCCGAUCCCCAGGAUCUGAAGGCCACCAACCUUUCACAGAGGAAACCCAAGGAUGUCAAUUUAGGGGAGGGGACUGGGCCGGAGUUGAACAAUAAUAGUGACUCAAGCAGGGCUUUGAAGGCAUGGGGAAGCAACCAUUCUGUGCCCGAACUUAUCAACCAGUAUACGUCUGCUACACCAGCCCUGCCCAAGCCUUUGCGACCAGCCAGUGCUAAAUAUAGUAAUGGCAGACUCCGCCCACCGAGCGGGAAGAGGCCACGGCCCCAGAGUGCCAAGGCAACCGUGGAAGAUGGGAUUGUGUCAGAAAACUUAUUUGGUGCAACUAAACAGAGAAGGAAAUAUAUCAUUGUGAAAGGAGCGAAGUAUGACCCGAAUGGUCGGCCUCCCAAGGGUGUGCCCCAGAGUCAUGGGCUGGGCUGGGUGGGACCCCCAGCAGGGCUCAAAUACCCGGACAGACCACUGGAUGGCAAGAGCUGGACCAUGGAGCUGCCAUUAGAAGAUGACCUUCAUGGUGAGCAAGGUCAAGGUCAUAUGGGCGGACCCUCUAUCACAGCCUUCAAUCACGAGGUGCCCCCAGCCCCACAUGGCACACCUGAGCCCUCCUCACCAGAACCACUUGAAAAAACCAAGAGAAUAUUUGAGCUGUACAUUGGUGACCCUUACAAGACCUCCACUGACCACGCAGAAAAUGAUGCAGACUUGUAUGAAAGCUCUGAUGAUGAGGACCUGUUUCUUCCAGCUUCACCUGUUAAUCUAGCAGAUCAAUAUGUCAAUCACAAUGAGCACACCACCCCUGGCCACGCCGCCAGUCAACAGACAGCCAAUCAGCGGGAGUCUUUGAGACUGGAACUGCCCACUGCUGAUGAUGAUUAUGAUGAGAUUGAUGAGGUGGACACUGAAAGAUUAUUGGCUGAAGCAGAAUCAGUUUCCCAGCAGUUUGACCUUCAGAGUAUCAUAGCUGCAAACAGGAAUCUCCAAGCCAAUCAGAAUCAGUCUGCAGUGAAUAGCUCCACCCACAUUCAACAGGCAUCCAAUCAGAAUGAACCAGACAGCAAUCAUUAUUCAACUGGAAAGGAAAGUCCUUCCUUGGAUGAAAAUACUAGCAAGAAAAAAGCAGAGGAGCUUGUAAGUGAGAUCAUACAUGAGAAUGGGUUACAAUUUGACAAGAAGGCAAAAUAUUAUAAUCCUGACAAAGGUCGACAUGAAAGGUCAGGGGUCAAAUUCAACGAGGAUGUGACUACAGUGAACAUCACACCAAGGAACAUGGGCAGAAAAGUGGAGGACCUCCAUCACAGCAAAAAGAAACAGGGCCACCAUAAACCUGACAAUUUUGUGGAUCUUAUUGAAAUCAAAAACAGGAUUGAACCAGUGUUGAGCACAGGUAAAGCAGAAUUCUCUGAGAGAGAAAAUCUUUCACCAAAGUCCAAACCAAGCAUUCAGCCUAGACCUCCUUCUGGUAAGCAAUGCUCACCACUCAGUGACGCAAAUCGUGUCCAAAGUAACUUAAAAAAGAGUGGUGUUCACCAUCUGACUGCAACAAAUGGACUGGGCCAAAAUAAGCAGCCAAUGCAGAACAGGCCUAGAUCUGCACCAUUGAACCGCUCAGCAAAACCCAUAACUACAGUAACUGUUGACUAUGGGGAAAUAGAACCCAAAGUAGAGGAAAAACACAAAGGUGACAAAAAGAAAGUUAGAAAAACAAGGGAUGAUGUUUUAACCAUGAUGGAAGCACUGUCCAUGGAUGAAAGUGAUUCAAAUGCAUUUCUUAAAUCAGUACUUGAGAAGAAGGCCAAAAAUCAGUAUAAAGUUGCAAAUAAACAGUUGUUAAAGCAGCACUCCAAUGAAACUUCUGCAACUAAUUUAGUUAGUGCUCCAACUGUGUACAAAUCAGAUCCUGAGAAAAACUACUACGAAAUUUCAAGACAUUCAAGUUUAUCUCAUGCUGACACAGAUCUGAGAGGAGAGGAACAAAACAUAUCAAGUGGUACAGUUAUCAAGACUACAAAAACAAUAGAAUUUGAUGAAAUGGAACCUAAAGAGAUAGCAGUCAAAUGUGCUAUUGAUCCACAUGUUGUCAUUAGUAAAGAAAUGGAAAAAUCAGUUACUUUGAAUCAUGAAUGGAACUCUAGAAAACCAGCUAGAAGACCUUCUAGUGCAAAGCCUCCAGUACCCAAGAAGCCCACAGAAGGUGAAGGUCAUGACAGACCAGGGUCAAGGCUAGGGUUUGUUGCCAUGGAAACUGACCUUUCACCAAGAGAGGGCACAGAAAAUAAACCAAAGAGGCCCACAUCUGCCCCAGUGUCUCGUAGACCAGUCUCAGCAUCGCUCAAAAACAAGCAGGUGAAAGACAGGCUGCUACAAGAGCGCCGGGAGAAGCAGGCAAGGUUUUCAGCUGGGGAGCAGUUGUCUAGUCCAGUUAAGACAAGGUCAACAUCUGGAGACGUGCAGUCUGGUUCAGUUGAGACAACAUCAGAAGACCAGCAUUCCGGUCGGGCUGAGACACUGUCCAUAUCCGGUCAAAGUGACUACCUGCGGCAGACGUCAGUCAGUAAGAAGGUGUCACAGAGAGAGGAGGAGAGGGAGAGGGUCAUAGACAAUCUGCUGGACAGAACCAAAACACUGGUGGAUGAAGAGGAGAAAAAUGAGAAUGUUGAGGUUCCUGACCCUACACCCGAACCAAUGAAGCGAAAACCUCGCCCAAUGUCUGCACAUGUCGGUUCAAUUGACACCUGUCAAGGCCAUUCUAGGAAAGUGACCACGCCGGUUGAAAAGCGACCAAUGUCGACUUCUGCUGCAAAAAAUGAUAGGCACUACGCAUCAUACGCCCGGACUGGCUCAGCAGGCUUACGAGCCAAGAGACCGUCGUCAGGGAAACUCAAGGUCACCCUCACCAAACCAGUCAUCAUCACUAGCAACACUCCAUGCUUUGAGGAGGAGACGGAGGAAGACAUUGCAUGUCAGGAACUUGAGAGAAAACUGGCUGAGAAAGGAGUCAAUGUGUCUGCUGCCACUCUGCAGAGGGCCCUGUACCCUCCAUCAGGGAGGACCAAGUAUUACCAGAUAUCUGCUGACCUGCCCAGAAAGCCUUCAUUGACUCUUCUAAGUCACCCAAAGACGUGGCUUCCAGAGGAGUACAAGCAGCUGCAGAGAGCUGAAAAGAACUUGGCACGAGCCAAUGAAAUCAUGUUCCUCAAAGAGAAGGUAGAGAAACGACGUGCAUAUCUGGCCUCCUUAACUGAAGAGCAGAAAAAGAAACUUAAGAAAAGGAAGGGUAAAAAGGGAGGAAAGAAAAUGAGGAGAAGCAAGACUACUUUAUGAAUCCAAGUUUGACCAGUUGGUGAAAAAUAAAUGGAUCAAGGAUUUUAUAACCCUAGAUCAAACAGUAGAUUAUGGUAUAUUGUCAAGGAUUAGGUUAGAAGUCUUAAGCAAUGUAGAGACAAAACUGCAUGAGAAAGAUACAGUAUGUAAAGGUAUGGAAAGCAAUGGAAUGUUAGUGUGUUGUAAAUGUGUUGAUGAUGCAGAUUUGAUAAACAAUGGAGUAAAAAGAUCUCCUUCUGUCCAUCAUUUCUAAUCUUGUUAGUCACCAUUUCAGUUUUGAAACAAGUUAUAGUGCAAUAUUUUUUCUUGUCAAUGUCAUUCUUUACGAGAGCACGGCAUUACACUUUUGUCUGAUUUUGAAGGUGAAAGCAUUUGAAAAUAUAUUUAUUUUAAACACAGAAUAGGGUUAGUGAUUAAAAUUCAUUCUUUAAUCUCUAAUUUGGUUUUGUUCAUAUUCAUCCAAUACUCAGUUAUAAAGUUCCAUCAAAUAUUCAGUUAUAAAGUUCCAUCCGAUAUUCAGUUAAAAAGUUCCAUCCAAUAUUCAGUUAUAAAGUUCCAUCCGAUAUUCAGUUAAAAAGUUCCAUCCUAUAUUCAGUUAUAAAGUUCCAACCAAUAUUCAGUUAUAAAGUUGUCACUCAGUGUUAGGACCAUUUAUUGAACACUUAAUUAGUUAAAGGGACUAAUUCACACAUUUUUGUAUUUUUGAAAAAUGUCAUUAAAUAUGUUUACAAACAAACCUAUGAAGUUUUGAAGAAUUGACUAAAUAUAAUAGCAAGAAAAAACUUGAGUGCAAAAUAUUGCCUUCCCAGGAUUUGCACCUGGGACCUCUGGAAGCCGAUCUGCAACCCACGCACCAUGAAGUCUGUACUAUUUAACAUUUUAAGUGAUUAACAUUAUGUUUGCACUCGAAAGUAUUUUCCAGGUUAUUGUUAGUCAUUUUUGUUAGUCAGAAAUGUUAUUUUGCUUUUUAAAACAUUAUGUGUACAUUCAUUUUUGAAUUUAUAACAGUUUUGUUAAAAUCGCCAUUUUGUAACCUGUCUUGAGAAUACCUGAUCCUCUGACAAAAUAUGUAAGUUUUUUUUUCACCACAAUGGCGUAAUUUAUUGUUUCCUCUCUCUAACUCCUACAGUUUUUAUUUAAUCUUCAACAAACACACAGUUGUUGGCAUUAAAUUAGGGCCAAGUUCAAUAACCAGUCAAAUCUGGCCAGGCACUUAAGUUAUUUCUCUUUGUUUAUACCAUAAAUGCAAAAUGCAAUGCAAUUCCCCAUUUCAGCUCUCUGCACUUAUUCACACAGUCUCCCAAAAACAUAUAGUCCAAGCAGCAGGCUGUAAAAUACCUUUCAGACUAUACAUUUUGCUCUUGUCAUAGUCUGAUGGGCUAUAAAGAUUACAAUACUCCUGUGUCAUACAAAAGUAACAAUACUUGUGUACCUUUAUUCCCAAAUCCGUGUUAUUGCAAGGCUUGUAUUUGUAUUUGUCAACAGCAGAAGUAUAAGGCAAUUAGCUGUUGCUUUCAGCUACUGUUUUUGCUGACUUGCUUACUGUUUGACCUUAAAAUUUCAGCCCAAAAUAUAACAUUGUUUUUCUUCUUUGUAUUUAUUUAGCUUCACUUUGUUGUUGUUAUGAGAAUCUUUGAAGGAUGUCAUUAUCAUUCAUUAUUAUAAUGAGUAGUGUUUAAGUUAUUAAUCAUAGAUGUUGUGAUAUUAUAAAUUUAUUUACAUUUCAUACAAUUUAUCUGGUUGAUUUUGUUAUCCGUUUGUGUAAAAGGUAUUGUCUUUUGUGAGCAUGUAUUUUUAUUUUAUCUAAAGUUUUCAGGAUUAAAUGAACAUGCAUUUAUACGAACAUUAGACAUAUGAUACGGAUUAAUUUAUGCUUUAUAGGGUUUUUCAAUUAUCUAGCUUACAGUAGAUUGGGACAUAAAAAUAAAAUAUGGAAUAACA